CAAAGGACAUUCUGUGACUCAGAGACGCAUCAAUGAGGCUAAAGCUGGAGCUUGUGCCGGUUUUCUGGUGCUGGACGAAGCCAUGGCAGUGAAAAAUGGAUCAGUUCUGCUGGAAGAGGAGAAGAUGGAGGCGCCUGCAGACACGAUUUGGUUCAGUCAGUACCGACAGCUGGCUCAUUACUUCUCUCUGCUCUGCUUCCUGCUCACCAUCAUCACGCUGCUCCUGACUCUGUGCUUGGUUCAGCUCGUCUUGGUGUCUCGGGCCCAGUCGUCUCUGCAGGAAUCCAAAGUCAGAGACCUGACGGAGAAACUGGAGACGCUCAACCAGUCGUACCAGCUGCUCUUCUCCCAGUAUCCUGCUCUCAGCCGGUACUGUCCCGUCACCAACUCCACCUCCGGCGAGCGGGAGUGCAGACCGUGUCUGGAGGGUUGGACCCUUCAGGGGGACAAGUGCUUCCUCUUCAGCCAGGACAGAGCCGACUGGAUCAGCAGCCAGUACCACUGCAUGUCACUGGGGGGCGCUGUGGCCACGGUCAGGACGGAGGAGGAGCAGGAGUUUCUGUGGAAAACGACUCAAAGUCUGAGCCACGGAGACUCGUACUGGUUGGGAAUGAGAGGCGGCAGCGAGGGCUGGAAGUGGAGCGACGGGUCCCCGGUGGAGAAAGGACCUCAGUUUUGGCAGCGAGGACCGGACACGACGUCCGACAGCAGAGAGCUGUGCGGACGCCUGACGCCGGGAGACGGUUACAAGAGGACGUGGUUCACGUCCAGAUGUUCAAACCACCUGAGGAGCAUCUGUGAGAGGAGGCGAGCGAGUCUGCAGUGA